GGGUCAUCCUAAAUAAACUUAGAGAGAGAGAAUGGAUGUAGAUUCAAGGAAAGAUACAGGUAUGAAAUGGAGAUGGCCUUCCCUUCCCAAAAUACAACACGUUUAUUCAUCUCCAUCAAUUAUGCAUUUCCACUCCUCUUCCCUUUACUUGCUUUCACGAGCAAAGGAAAUAUCACAUGGAAAACACAUUCCCCAUUUCAACAAUCUCAUUCUUACUCGUGCUUUCUCUCUCUCUUCCUCCUGCUCUCUCUCUCUCUACCUCCUGCUCUCUCUCCCUUUCAGUAAAACCCAAUGAAGAACCCUACUCACCAACUUCUACUUGUCAAAAUGGAAUGAACCAUUUAUUCCCCCUCUCUCUCUCAUCACCCAUUUAUUCAUUCAUUCUCUUCUCUCUCUCUCUUCAAAUAAUUAUUCCUCUCCGUCUUUCUCUCUCUAAAACCACUGUUUCACAUUCCAUCAAUCCAUGAUACUGAUGACACAGUUCUAACCUCUCUCGCUUUCUCUCUUCAUAACACAUCUCACAUCUCCCUGCCUGCAAAAGGCCACUGCCUCAGUACCUGCACUUCAAACGCCAUCGAUCCUCGAGCCCCACCUCCUAUUUAUCCGUCUUCCACAUUUAGCGUUCCCCAUUUAUCGGUAAAAUCCAUGGCUGAGAAGAGCUCUUGUCUUUCUCUCUCCACCUGUAACACCCCAUUUUUGUCGAUGGAUCCUCGAAAUUGAGCAUUUUGGGCGUUCUUGCUUUCGGAUCCCUCUUCCUUUCUCUCUUGAACUUUCGAUUUUUUGAAAACCAAGCGAGAUUUCGGCUCCUGGGUACUGCGAAAUUCCGGGUUUCCACGUUUCAAUUUGUGGGUUUUUUAAUUCUUCGAGGAAUAAGGCAGAAGGCUCUGGUGGUCGUGGAUUUAGUGCGAGAAAGGGCUAAUGAUUCGUGGAUUUUCAGUGUAUGAGUACUUAAUGAGGCCUUUUUGGGUUUUUUAUGAAGUUUCUCUCUCUAAGAUUGAGGCCGAAUAGAGCGAUGGAUUUGCUUCAUGUAUGAGAUUUUUGGGGUGAGAUGAGGGAUGUUUGGUGCUUUGAUGAAGUUUCUCUCUCUAUGUUUGGGGCCCAAUAGUGGGAAUGGUGCAGAGGAAGGGAGAGAAGGCCUUCUCUGGUUUAGAGAUAUUGGUGGCUAUGCAGGUGGUGAUUUCUCCAUGGCUGUAAUCCAAGCAAACCAGGUUCUUGAAGAUCAGAGCCAGAUCGAGUCUGGUCCAUUUGGUACUUUUGUUGGGGUUUAUGAUGGCCAUGGUGGCCCUGAAACUGCUCGCUAUAUUUGUGAUAACCUGUUCAGACAUUUCAGAGAAUUUUCAUCUGAGGAACAAGGGGUGUCUAGUGAUGUGAUCAGGCGAGCCUUCAUGGAAACAGAAGAGGGCUUCACUUCCCUUGUUUCUGAGUUAUGGCCCGGUCGACCCCAAAUGGCAACAGUUGGUUCUUGCUGUUUGGUUGGUGUUAUUAGGGAGAGGACUCUUUAUGUGGCUAACCUUGGAGAUUCUCGUGUUGUGCUUGGAAGACGAGUUGGUAAUACUGGCGAAGUCGCUGCUGUCCAGUUGUCGACUGAGCACAAUGCUAACAUGGAGGCUGUGCGUCAAGAACUGAAGGCUAUGCACCCCAAUGACCCACAGGUUGUAGUCCUCAAGCAUGGGGUUUGGAGAGUAAAAGGCAUCAUACAGGUUUCUAGAUGUAUAGGGGAUGUUUAUCUGAAACAUGCUCAGUAUAACAGGGAACCGCUCAAUGGGAAAUUCAGAAUACCUGAACCAAUGAAUAUGCCCAUCUUAUCUGCGAACCCGUCCAUUAUUUCUCUCACUCUUCAACCGAGCGAUUCUUUUCUCAUAUUUGCUUCUGAUGGUCUCUGGGAACACUUGAGCAAUCAGAAAGCAGUGGAUAUUGUUCACAAUCAUCCACAUGCAGGAAGUGCCAGAAGGCUUAUCAAGGCUGCCCUUCAAGAAGCAGCCAGAAAACGGGAAAUGCGUUACUCUGACCUGAAGAAGAUUGACAGGAAGGUGAGACGACACUUCCAUGAUGACAUCACUGUUAUAGUUUUGUUCAUAAAUCAUGAUAUGCUAUCGAGAAGCAUGGUAGAAGCACCUGUCAUAUCAGUUCGAAGUGCAUUGGAACAUUAAAUUCAUAUUUUCCAGCCUCUUUCUUGCCCUCUGAUUAAGAUCAAUGGGAAAUCCUCAGUUACACUCAUGCUCCAAGGACUCCAUUGAGAUUUUCACGAAAAUUAUUUAAGCCAAAAAGCUUAAAAUAGUCUUCUAAUGUCUCACCUUGUAAGGUAGGUGACGUUGAGAAUCCAGUUUUACUCAAUGGAUUCCUGAUGGUAUCAUAAUUCAAAUUUACAUUCGGAGAUAAAGUUGGACUGUUGGAAGAUGAUGUUGUUCUUUGGUAAAAUCUUAUUAUCACAGCCGCUUCGCUCGAGACCGAAGUUUGUCUAUGUAUUCAUAUUAAUCGAGGGGUUAUUUAAUUCCAUGUUGCAUUUUCAUUCCUGUUAAUAUACGGUUAGGCGCAUUUUUCAUAAUCAAGAUUCAUUAUAUUGGCAUAAAAAUUGGGUAUCCAACUUGUAUUGUCAAAGUCCAAUGUGUAUGUAAUGUAUUAGUGUUUGUGGAGUUGUGUACACGGGAAAAGUUCAUUCCCUCGAGCGAGA